GUUCCAGAGUGGGACUAACACAGCUUGAAACUCAGGUCUGUUACUUGCUUAGCUGAGUCAUCCCCGGUGUCUGCGGUUUGGAUGGAGAACUCUUCUCUCGGCUACGAGUAUGGAGGUUACGGCGAGAUUCCAGAUCUCCCUGUGGACUGUGUUGAUGGCACCUGCGUCUCCAUUGACCCCCUCCACGUGGCCCCACUCCUGCUGUAUGCCGCCGUCUUCCUGGUGGGGUUGCCAGGCAAUGCCAUGGUGGCCUGGGUGACCUGGAAAGAGGCCCGCCGGAGGGUCGGUGCCACCUGGUUCCUCCACCUGGCCAUGGCGGACCUACUCUGCUGUUUGUCUCUCCCCAUCCUAGCGGUGUCCGUCGCCCACGGGGGCCGUUGGCUGUACGGGGCCGUGGGCUGCCGGGUCCUGCCCACCGCCAUCCUGCUGUCCAUGUACACCAGCGUCCUCCUCCUGGCCACUCUAAGCGCUGACCUCUGCCUGCUGGCCUUCGGGCCCCCCUGGUGGGGUGCAGCUGGGAGGGCACGCAGGGUGCAGGUGGCCUGUGGGGCAUCCUGGACGCUAGCCUUGCUGCUGACCGUGCCCUCGGCCGUCUACCGCCGGCUGCGUCGGGAGCAUUUCCCACACCGGCUGGAGUGCGUGCUGGACUACGGUGGCUCGACCGUGGCCGAGAACUCAGUGACCGCCACCCGGUUUGUUUUCGGCUUCCUGGGGCCGCUGGUGGUCGUGGCCAGCUGCCAUGGUGCCCUCCUGUGCUGUGCUACCCGACGCCACUGGCCACUGGGCAUGGCUGUGGUGGUGGGGUUUUUUGUCUGCUGGUCCCCCUACCACACGCUGGGGCUGGUACUCACCCUGGCUGGCCCACACUCUGUGCUCUUGGCCCGGGCCCUGCGGGCUGAACCCUUGGUCGUGGGCCUGGCCCUUGCUCACAGCUGUCUCAAUCCCAUGCUUUUCCUGUAUUUCGGGCGGUCUCAACUCCGAAAGUCUCUGCCAGCUUCAUGUCGCUGGGCCCUGAAGGAGUCACAGAGCAACGAUGAAAGUGUGGUCAGCAAGAAAUCCACUGGCCGAGACCUGGUCUCAGAGAUGGAAGUGUAGGCUAGAGGGAAAUUGGUUUGUAUCCUCCUAUCCCACUUUACAAGCCUGGCUUCAGGCAUAGCUGGAUCCAGGGGCUUAAUGAUAUUGUCAUUUAUUCCUUGAUUCAUUCAACAGACAUUCAUUAUGCCCCCUGCCAUGUGCAGUGCAGAUAUAGGACAUUUCCAUCAUUGCAGGAAGUUCUAUUGGACAGGGCUGCUCUAGAA